AUGAAAACACAGAAAAGGAGCAAAAAAGGCCAAGACAAGAACUGCGAGCUCUUCGUCCGCCUCCCAAAACACUUUGAGCAGCAGCAGCAGCAGCAGCAACAGCAGCAGCAGCAGCAGCAGCAGCUUGGCACAGUGUUGCCUGGAGACCCUCAGGGCUACAAACCGAGUUACCUGUAUAGCGAGGAAGCGCCAGCAGCUGCUGCUGCAGCGUACGCAGCCACAGGUGCUGCUGCAGCAAAAGAAGCAGCCGCUGCUGGCCUUGCUGCUGCAGCAGCAGCACCGAAAAGGCAGCAGCGGCAGCAGCGGCAGCAGCAGGCAAAGGCGGGGGACCCCCUGAAGGGGUUGGGGCCUGGGGGCCCCCAGGGGGGCCCCCCAAGAGGCAGCAACCAUGCGGACCCCCCUAGAGGGAGGCAGCAAACUGAAAAAAACUCAAUAGGGUACAGAAGGGGGGCCCCCCGCAGCAGCCCGCCCCUUCGGGGGCCCCUCAGGUUGCCCUCUCCUUCGCCGUGGCGGCAGUCCCCUGGGGGCCCCCAAGGGGAGAGUCCGUUGGCAGCAGCAGCAGCAGCAACAGCAGCAGCAGCAGCAGCAGCAGAAGCUGCAGCAAACCGACACAAAUAUGUUUGCCUCUCCCAACGCACGUCCUUGUGGGCUAUGCGAAAGACGCAGCUGAGUGCAGUGCAGCAAAAUGGGGGCCGAGAGCUUCUUGCUGCUGCACCUGCUGCUUCUGCGCUCGCAGCAGCAGAAGCAGCAGCAGCAGCAGCAGCAGAAAAGAAGCAGCAAAAGGAACACGAGCUCGCAGCGAUGCAGCCAACGCCUCAAGAUACAGAGCUAACAAGCCAGCGGAGGCAGCUUCAACACCCAAAGCAGCAGCCGCAGCAGCAGCAGCAGCAGCAGCAGGACAUGCACGGCAGCGACCCACAGCAGCAGCAGGAGCAACAGCAACAGCAGCAGUUGGUGCGUUCUCCCGCUGGACUGAAGUGCACGAGAAGACAAGAGGCUGGGCUUCGACAGCAGAGCUGCUGUGCCCGCCGGGGCCCCCUGGCGCUGCAGCAGCGAAGCGCAGCAACAGCAGCAGCAGCAACAGCAGCAGCAGCAACAGCAGCAGGGGCUCCUCAGGGGGACCCGGCGAUCGAGGUUGCAGCAGCUGCUGUGGCGUCUGCGCUGCUCGAGCUGUCUGCUGCAGCAGCAGGGGCCCCCAGCAGCAGCAGCAGCAGCAGCAGCACCCAGCUAGAAGUUAAACCCCACAGCCUUGCAUGCAACACAGCCCUGGGGGGCCCCCUGGGUCCCCCGCAUGCAGCAGCUGUGGGGCCAGCAGCUAGCGUCAGCAGCAGAACAGCUAUGCUUCUCAGUGUAAGUUCAUUAAUAAUGUAA